CCACGUGAGAGUGGUGGCGGUAAAUUAUAAGCCUUUUUUAAGUUAUUGCUCUUGUUUUGUUGAGCAUUUUUAAGAUAUCGAUGAUGUUUGGAAAGUCUUUUCACACCAGUGUCCAGUUGAGGUGACAAUGGAAAGUGAGAAACUGACCAGUCAGUAAAAACUACAUUACACAGACAAUGGUGUUUUUUACUUGCAAUGCAUGUGGUCAAGCUGUGAAGAAGAAUCAGGUUGAAAAACAUUACCAAACACAGUGUCGUAACUGUACAGUUUUGUCAUGUAUCGAUUGUGGUAAAGAUUUUUGGGGAGACAACUACAAAACACACACUAAAUGCAUCACUGAAGAUCAAAAGUAUGGAGGAAAAGAUUAUAAGCCAAAACCAAAUGCUUAUAAAGGAGAAGCUAAACAAGAUAUGUGGAUUCAGCAUAUCCAGCAAACCAUAGCAACAACAAAUGUUUCUCCUGGUUUAUCAGAUUUGCUGGAACAACUUAUUGGAUUUUCAAACAUUCCAAGGAAAAAAAUAAAGUUUGAGAACUUUUUGAAGAACAGUGUUCGUGUUAAAGACAAAAGGCUAAUUCCCAAAGCUUGGGAGAUAUUUUCAAAAGCCCAUGAAAAACAAGUAGAAGAAAAAAGCAAAUCAGGAAAAGAAGUUGUUAGCCAAGAAAAUAGUCAAGAAAAAGAAGCAAGCAAAGGCUCAACAGAUGAAAACAGAAAAAAAUGUCAAUCAGAAACAGAAAAGAAAGUUACUAGCAUAACAGAACCAACUCAUUCCUCCUCUGAAAACCACAGAAAAAAGAAGAAGAGUAAAAAAAUAAAGCAAAGAGAUGAGGAUGAGAACCAAAUGCAGAAGAAAAUGUUUACAGAAGAAGUGGAAAAUUUUAAUAUUUCAGGAAGUCAACAAGCAGAAAAGGAAGAUAAAGACAAAAAAAAGAAAAAUAAGAAAAGAAAGUAUGAAGAUAAAGAUGACAAAGAUCAAGAAGUACCUCAGAGAAAGAAAAAAAUGUUUUCUGAAAUAAACCAAGAAAACUCCAAUAAUGAAGAAAUAAAGGGUGAACAAAAUGGAAUUGAUGACAGUCAAAAUGCAGGAAAGAAAAAGUUCAAGUGGGAAAAAGUGAUCAAAGAAAUACUGAAGCAAGCUCCUGAUAAUGAAUUGUCAAUUAAGAAAUUAAGAAAAAAGGUACUUGCAGAAUAUGAAGCCUGUGGAGGAGAAAACAAACCUCUCUCUGAUAAUGAAGUCCGUGCAAAAUUUGAGAAAAAGAUCUCUCAUAAUCCAAAAUUGAAAGUUCACAAAGAGAGAGUCAAAUAUUUGACAUAAUAAUGAUUAGGUUUUCUAGUUUUUUAACACAAAUGUUUUCUCGUUGUUCUGUAAAAGAGAAAUUUGACAUGUACAUUUAUUGGAAAAAUAAAUCCCUAUUGUCUAAAUUUUAAACCUAAAAAUUACCAAGUGGCUGACAAAAUUAGAAAAAAAAUCUAUGUUUAAAACUAAUAAAUAAUUUUUAUAAAAUUUCCGAGAAAAACAGGAAAAUAAAGUUUUUUUGACUAAAUAAAACUUGGUUGACUUUCGAGGUACUAAAUACUUGCAUACUUUUCAUGAGAUUUCUCUAUUGCCAAUCUUUCCUAUUUUAUGAAAUAAUAGAAAAACUUCAUUAUAUAUUUAUAGCCCAAAUAUUUUACGAGUUUUUGACAGAAGACUUUUUUUGAAAUGACCUUUGUUUAUCAAUCAAGUAGGGAAAAAUUAAGUCUUUGAAAUGACUGCUCUGGGUCCAAGUUAACACAGUUUAAUGGUUUAAUGAUUCUGAAUGUAUGAGAUAGGGCUAUAGGCAUCAAGUUUGGCUCAAUGUAACUGUAGUAAAUUGAUUACAUUUUACAAGUAUGAAAUAAGCUUACAGAGGAUUAAACACAGCCUUCUCUGAUGGUAAUGAACUAAUUAGGCUAGCAACUAUCUAUGCAUACAGUUAUAUAAUCUCAGAUUUGUCGGACACCUUUUUCCAGGGUGUUUCGCAGAAUUUUUGAAAUUCUGUAAAUAGAAAUUUCGACUUAUAUUAUCCAAUGAAAGGAUUGUACCCAAAUACACAAUUUUAUUUUUUGUAGUUACAGAUCGUAUAAGUACAGAAAUUGGCACCAAGGUAAUAAUGUUUUUUCUUACAAUUCAGCCUAAAAUGGUAGUUGAAAAUACAAAAAUAUUAUAAAACAGUAAGUUAUUGUGAGCAUGUGUUUGUAUGAUCAUCAGUUUGUUUUUUUUUAUCUUUAUUCUUUAUAUUAUACAACUCAAAUACUCUAUUAGUGCUGAGGUUGAUAUUUAUAUUUACAGAACCUUAACAUGGACAAAUCAAAUUAGAUGACUUUUUACCUGGUUCUAAAAUUCCUUGUAUUCCUGUAGAAGUGUGCUUGGAUCUUUAGUGGUUCAAAGCAUGGUUUUAUUAGCGUUUUUUUCUCUGGGUUUGGAGACUCGAAGUUGGUACUGCUGUUAUAAGCUGAGAGUAGUUUGGUAUCUAUUUUAUGACUAUGUAUCUAAAAGCAAACAUAACAGUUUAAUGUUACUGUGUAUAAUUAACAACUUUCAGUUUUCUGUAGUUUGAGUUCUCCUUUUUUUUUCAGUAGUUUAUUUCAGUUUAAUUUUAAGGUAGAAAUAUAUCAUCAGGUGAUGAUACCACGUUAACAGUGGCGGAACAUUGUUUUUAAAUUAUAUAUUUUUUUUAUCCCAUUUUACCUGUUUUUGAAUUUUAAAUCUUGUAAAGUGUGGGAUACCUCCAACAUUUAUAUGAUACUCAUCUGUACUCAUACUUAGGAAAUUUAGUACAGGCUGUAUUUGAAACUCACCAUGUAUAAAUUUCCUAUAAUCUGAAAAAAGUAAACAAAAUAUUCUGUUGAUC